AUUUUUUUUUUUUUUUUUGGGCUUCCAAAAACUCGAAACUCACCAUUUUCCCUCUCUCCCCCUCUCCGCUUUCAAAAUUUUCAAAAUUUUAAAAAACCCUAAAAUUUUGCACAUCCUCAUUCUCUAAUUGUCUGUAACCAUGCCACCUGCCGCCGUCGAAGCUCCGGUCAAGGCUAAAGCCAAAGCUUCAAAGGAGCCAAAAUCGAAGAAAGCUGCCCCUGCUCCCAAGAAAUCCAGGGCCUACCCUCCUUACAGCGAGAUGAUAAACGAGGCGAUAAUGGCGUUGAAGGAGAGGACCGGAUCAAGCCAGAUCGCGAUCGCCAAAUUCAUUGAAGAGAAGCAAAAGCCCAACCUACCUGCCAAUUUCAAGAAGUUAUUGCUUGUUCAAUUGAAGAAGCUUGUGGCCAAUGGCAAGCUUGUCAAGGUCAAGAACUCCUUUAAGCUCCCUCCCAAAACUGCUUCUGUCUCUGACGCCAAAGCACCAGCAGCCAAGCUAAAGGCCAAGACUGAGGCUCAUGUUAAGCCGAAAGGCAAGGAUGUGACUGGACCAGAGUCAAAGAAAGUGGUGAAAUUAACAGGCGUGAAGUCGUCGGCUAAGAAAGAGGCAAAAUCUUCUGCUGUGAAAGCACCAGGGAAGAAGAAGACAGCUGUUACGGCCAAGAAGAAGAUGCCGAUGAAGGUAGCGAAGAAGCCAAAAAGUAUAAAGUCACCGGUCAAGAAAGCAACAACUAAGAGGACGAAGUAGACAGGUUCAGAUUUGUCAGUGUUUGUUGAGUAUUUAUCUAGAUUGAAGAGCAGAUCUUGAAGGUGACAAGACGAUGUCGUUCCAAACUGAGCCGGACUUGCAUAUUGCACUUGGAUCGGCAUAAAGCUCAUAUAUAGAUUCUGCAUCAGAGUUUAAACUGCUCACGUCUGUUAAGCAUUUGAUUUCUUCUGUAUCAAUCAGCAGCCUGCUCUCUAUAUCUUUCCAUGCUAUCAACUGCAUUUCACACCUAACCAAAGUAAGUGCCUAUUGGAUAAUGUUUAGCAGUGUACAAAAACUUGAAUAGGCCUAGGUUGGCCUUGUAAUUUAAGUGCUUGUUCAAGUUCAGAAUGACAAUCAAUCUCUGUACACGAGAUGAGACGAUCCCAAGCCCAUAAAUGUCAUUUUUUGCUAUCUA